CAACUGUCAACAGCAGGGACAACUUCCAUGUGAGUCCCAUCGGCCUCUCCAACCACGACUACACACAUGUCAAUACUGCUGCCGCUCGCAACAGCACCAUGGACCCGUGCCAGAGCCUGACGGCGGCACAAUGCGUGUUGCUGGCGGUGCACUUCGCGUCCGAAUCCAACAUCGAAGCGCUGCACUCCUUCACGCCCGCUCGAACGGACGCACUCGACCGGGAGUUGGUGCUGCGCAUCGUCCUGACCUUCGUGCCCGAGAGCCUCGAUCCCCGCCGGUACACGCGAUAUGUCGAGGAGGUCGCCUCCCAGCUGUACCUGGACCACGAGGACAUCGACGUCGACGUGGCCCCGGUGCGCGACCUCAGCGACGACGAGGCCCAGAAGCGGGUGCGGGCGCUGUGCAUGCUGUCCAUCGACCACCUUCCAUCGCCGUAUGCGCCGCAAGACUUACUCACACGUUUUGUGUAUCACCGCGCCCACCGCAUCGACCAAGAGACCGGACUGCUACACCUCACGAGGGCUCUUGUCGAGCCAUUCCUGCCUCGGAACGACUUCAUUCGCACGUGGUAUAUUGGCGCGUGUGUGCCGCUGCUGCGUCUGCCUGAAUACUACCCGGAAGACGACUCGCUCGCCAUAUCGCUCAGCGACUUCGAGCAGCUGCACGGAAGACAGGGCGUCGAUAUGCUGCUGAGCAAGAGCGGCAGAAACACUGUCGCAAGAGACAUCAAGGAACUCGUCGGGCCCUGGCAGUAUGGUCACACGACUCGCAAGCAUAGGCAGCUCAAUUACGGACAGCACGAAAAGAACCGCGCCAUUCGCAACGGUGAUACCCCGAGCGACGAUGCCACCGAGGCCAUGUCCAAGAUCUCGCUUGAUGGCAUCAAAGCAGAUGACCAGGCCACCGGCCACUGCUGGGAACAUGUUUUCGGCUGGCUCGUGACCCAUGCUGCACUCGACCUUGGGCUCGUCGCCCGUGCAAUUGACGAUUGGGACGGGCCUAGAGAUAUCGACCUGGGAGGAGUCGAACGGCAGGGCAUUUCUUAUAUGGACGAGGAGCUUGAGAAGAAGCUUGAACUGCAAUACGCUCAAGCGGCCUUUGCAAGCUGCUAUGUGGCGGAAGCGGACACCGAGGCAACUGUGCAAGAGGCGCAUUCAAUACUCGCACGGUUGGCGGAGCUGCUCGAUUUCAUCCCUCCACCAGAUCUCGCAACCAGUGUGGACGCGUUGCCCAAAAUUGAGCGGCACACGACCAAGCUCGACGACGAUUCUCACACAGUUGCCGACCUGCUUCCCGAUGCGUUACUGAAGCAAGAGCAUCCGCUUACUACUCCUCGUAUCGAAACAUUCAUGCUGCUACAGAUGAUGGUCUAUUCUGCAUAUCAAUUUUCUGGUCUGCAACACCCGCUCUCGCUAGUCAAUGUCGCGAAGCUACACUUCUAUGCCACGCGGGACGAGCAACUCACUGUGCUACGAAAGAUUCUCCGUGGUCUUUCGAGAUCGGGCGCAAGCAAAAAUGAGGCACAAUGGUUAGCAGACCGCGCCAAACUCGUCUGGCUGUGGAAUUGGGGCAUCGAGGCAGACGCAGCCGGUGUGCUCAACAAGAUUUCUCAGGCAGAUUUCGAAGAAGAAAUGCUGAAGGUAUUUACAGAGACUAGCUGCUUUGGGAUUAUAGAAAAGCUGUACCUUAGCACUAAUGCGAGUACAGCUCUACCUAGAGCCCGUACUGAAGCCGUGAUUCUCAGCAAGGCACUGGAGAUAUACGACAGUGCGACCAAUGGCAAUCGUCAACGAGGCGCCAUGAAGAAGGCCAACGAUAUCAUUACCACGUUUCGACCUUACUUUACGGAUAGCAUCAAAUUUCGCCAAGCUACGGCGCUGAUUGCAGCCACGCACGCCUUGUCGUUCUACGCGCUCACGCUCCAGCACGGUGUGCCAUUUCAGCCGGUCACGAUUAGAGUCACACCAGAUCCAGUGGGCCUGAUCAAUACAGUGCUGGAACAGAAUCCAAGAAGCUACACGAAACUCGACGAUCUCAUCGGAAUUGCACGAAACCUGGUGGCGUCUGGUCUCACGAACGAAGAAUCAGGGCCCGAGGCCGAAUACUCCGAUGCCGAAAAUUUGGUGCGGAUGCAGAAAGAUGCUGAACGGCGUGUCACGUUCAUGGCUAUAGAAGCGGCACUCCGUGAAGAGGACUUUGAGACGGCAUAUUCUACUGUAGUGAAUAGACUCACCCCUUCCGGAGCUGACAUCGAAGCGCCAACCAGCGCGAAGCCACCUCACAAGCGACAGCGUUCAGGUCGCGCAAAAAGUAGUCUCGAAGAUGAUGACAUCUCAUGGCGUGCUGCGUUCCUUGCGGGACGCUACAGACCGACCACAUCUGCUUCGCCUACAGUCAGGCGGCUCGAGCAGCGAACGGAGCUCCUGUCUCUCGCCCUGUUACUCGCUCCCACAUCGGCUCUGACCGAAAUCCUGGCAGCCUGGCGUCGAUGCGAGGAAGAAAUGAUCUCGCUCCAGCUUUCUCAACAAGAAGCUGAGCGAGAAUUUGACGAUCGUGCCGACAAACGACUUUCUGCCAGUUCACUGCCAGGUACAUUCACUGUCAGCCAUGAACAGCCCGAGCUCAUCCUCAACCAGAAGAGGAGAGAGAUGGGUCGCAUGGGGGCUGCAAGUGGGAGAGCAAACGACGAGACACCCCUGAGCAUGUUUGACCUGACGCGAAAUGCUGCAAAGGCUUUUAGCAAGAAUGCGUUUCCUUUGGGAGGAGAUGUUUCUGCCGCUAGGACCAGUGCAGAGCAUAAUCGGUCGUUCGAACAAAGUAAUGUCGGUUUGCCAAGUGACAGCGAGCGAGUGAGAAAAAGAGACAUGGUGGCGAAUGCCGUCAGUGGUGGGAUUGUGUCGGGGUUAGGAUGGGUUCUUGGAGCCACUCCUGCCUCUGCGUCUUCACACGAUGAUCACGAGCAGCCUACAUAGGUAGAUUAGGUAGACUUGAGGAGCCUCCUCAGCUGGGCGUCAGACACAUUUGAACGAGCAGAGCGAGUAUAGCCGUGAAAGUGUAUAGACAGCGGACAACCGUUCUUGAAGCAC